GACGAACUUGAUCUUGGAGGCCUUGAACUCAUGACUUCGUCAAUUGCCCGCAAGGAGUCAGGCCACACGCCGACAUCUUACACAACGACAGAGAACUAAAACCUCUUGCGUCUUCCAGCCAUGAAAAAGCGUGUUGCAAUCGUGGGCAGCGGCUGCUCAGGUCUCGGUGCUUUAUGGGCACUCAAUACCAGCACUAGCCAUGAAAUUCAUCUAUUUGAGGCAGCAUUGCGACUGGGCGGGCACAUGGGGUCCAUUGCCUACGAAGGACCCAAUGGCCAGAAGGUCGACGUUGAUGCCGGUUUGAUUGUCGUAAACGCCGCUACCUCCCCUAACUUCAUCCGAUUUCUCCAACAGUUGGGUAUUCCGUUGAGAAGGACCGACCUGACCUUUGGUGUCUCCUGCGAUCAAGGGGCGUUCGAGUGGGCCUGGAGAUCGUGGUCCUCCGUCUUUGCUCAAAGGAGGAAUAUCUUCAGCCCUGGCAUGUGGAAGUUGAUUUUGGAAGUCAUCCGAUUCAACGAGUUCGCAGUCGACCUUCUCCGAGAAGAUGACAGGGGCGUUGAUACCACCUCCCAGGAAGUCCGGGAAAAGAUCAAACACCGGCCCCAAGAGAGUAUCGGCGAAUAUCUCGACCGCGAAAACUACUCCCAGGCGUUCCGUGAUAACUAUCUCAUUCCGAUGACAGCCGCCAUCUGGGGGACGAACCCUGGUCAAUAUUCCCUGGAGCUCCCGGCCACCACCGUGGUUCGAUUCAUGUACGACCAGCACAUGCUGAAUAUCACUGGUAAAUCCUCAGGCUGGUGGACCAUUUCUGGCGGAGCAGAGCGAUAUAUCGAAUCGGUGGUAAAGGAUUUCCCUGCCAACAGAAUUCAUCUCGAAUCCAAAGUCACCUCACUGAGUCCAAGUGACAAAGGCAUUGUCUUGCUGACGGCGAAUGGAAAGGACCAUGAAUUCGACCAUGUGAUAGUGGCGACGCAGGCUGAUCAGGCUCUGGAUCUUUUGCAACCGCUAACAACCAGAGACGAGUCUGACAUCUUGAGUGCUUUCCGAACCAGUAGAAUUGUUGCCGUAUUACACUCAGAUCUCUCCCUGAUGCCAAAGAGACGACAGGCAUGGUCAUCCUUGAACUAUAUCACCGAGUCCCCGUUCCCACCUACCAGGCGCAGGCACAUUUCCAGAGGCUGUCUGACGUAUUCGGUGAACGUCCUCCAGGGAAUAUCAGAGAGCGAGUUUGGGCCCGUUCUGGUCACGCUAAAUCCCCUGAACAUGCCCGAUCCUCGACUGGCUCAGGGUAUAUGGGAAUAUUCGCAUCCCCUGUACAAUGCCGCAGCGAUCAAGUCACAGAAACUGUUGCCCAAGGUUCAAAAUACCAGGAACAUCAGCUACUGCGGGGCAUGGACCAGAUAUGGCUUUCUGGAAGAUGGCUUCAACAGUGGGCUGCUGGUCGCUAUCAGCCAUCUGGGAGCAAAGCUGCCUUUUGAAAUUAUUUGCUGA